UUCUCGAUGAACUCCAACCUGCCUCCACCACCUGCUUUAAAACCCCUGAGCUCCCUCUCGACUCAUCACCCUCCGUCUGCGCACCCUCCUCCUCUGCAGCUGAUGCCUCAAAGCCAACCGCUGCAGUCCUCGCAAGCCCAGCCUCCCGUACUGACGCAGAGUCAGAGCCUUCCCCCACCUGCUAAUCACCCCCCAUCUGGACUCCAUCAGGUAUCCUCCCAGCCCCCCUUCUCUCAGCAUCCAUUUGUCCCCGGAGGCCCACCUUCCAUCACCCCUCCUUCUUGUCCCUCCACUUCCACGCCACCCACCGUGCCUGGCAUCCCGCUUCAGACUUCCAUCUCCACGUCAGCAGCUUCUAGUGGCAACGUGCCGGUGGUGACAGCCUGCACGCUACCGCCUAUUCAAAUCAAAGAAGAAGUCCCAGAUGAAGCUGAGGAACCAGAAAGCCCUCCCCCUCCCCCCAGAAGUCCAUCACCAGAACCUACUGUGGUGGACACACCAAGUCAUGCCAGUCAGUCGGCCAGGUUCUAUAAGCACCUAGACCGUGGCUACAAUUCAUGCUCAAGAGCAGACUUGUACUUCAUGCCUCUGGCUGGAUCGAAACUGGCCAAGAAGAGAGAAGAAGCCAUUGAAAAGGCCAAAAGGGAAGCAGAGCACAAAGCCACUAGAGAAAAAGAAAAAGAGAAGGAAAGAGAACGAGAGCGGGAGCGUGAAAGAGAAGCAGAAAGAGCUGCGCAGAAGGUAUCCAGCUCCUCCCACGAAGGCCGCCUUGGAGAGUCUCAGCUCAGCGGGCCAGCGCAUAUGAGACCGUCAUUUGAACCUCCGCCGACGACCAUCGCUGCUGUUCCACCUUACAUUGGCCCGGACACACCUGCUUUACGAACACUGAGCGAAUACGCCCGUCCUCAUGUCAUGUCGCCAACAAACCGUAACCAUCCCUUCUUUGUCCCUCUGAACCCCACUGACCCGCUUCUGGCCUACCACAUGCCCGGCCUCUACAACGUGGAUCCCACCAUUCGGGAACGAGAGCUGCGAGAGCGAGAAAUCCGGGAGCGAGAAAUCCGGGAAAGGGAGUUGAGAGAGAGGAUGAAACCUGGCUUUGAGGUGAAGCCCCCGGAGCUCGACGCGCUGCACCCAGCAACGAACCCCAUGGAGCAUUUUGCCAGGCAUGGGGCACUGACUAUUCCCCCAACAGCAGGACCUCACCCAUUUGCUUCCUUCCACCCGGGUUUGAACCCCCUCGAAAGAGAGAGACUUGCGCUGGCGGGCCCCCAGUUACGGCCUGAAAUGAGCUACCCCGACAGACUGGCAGCGGAGAGGAUACAUGCGGAGCGGAUGGCGUCACUCACAAACGACCCGUUGGCACGGCUCCAGAUGUUCAACGUUACGCCUCACCAUCACCAACAUUCACACAUACACUCGCAUUUACACCUACAUCAGCAGGAUCCCUUACAUCAAGGUUCUGCAGGACCUGUUCACCCGCUGGUGGAUCCGUUAGCAGCUGGCCCCCAUUUGGCACGUUUUCCCUACCCACCUGGGACCAUCCCCAACCCAUUGCUAGGGCAGCCACCUCACGAGCAUGAAAUGCUCCGACAUCCAGUCUUCGGGACUCCUUACCCACGAGACCUGCCUGGUGCCAUUCCACCUCCUAUGUCAGCAGCCCACCAACUGCAGGCCAUGCACGCCCAGUCAGCAGAGCUGCAGAGACUGGCAAUGGAGCAGCAGUGGUUGCACGGGCAUCCUCACAUGCACGGUGGUCAUCUACCAAGUCAGGAAGAUUAUUACAGUCGGCUGAAGAAAGAAGGCGACAAACAGUUGUAAUAAAUUAUUUAUUUGUAAUGCUGGCUAUGGAAACCCCAGUCCUUGGGAAGGAGUGGAACAUUUUUACAUACAAUAAGAGCUACAAAAGGAAAAGAAUAUCUUAUAAAGAUUUCUUUAUAUAUUUAAAGCAGAAACAACCACCCAACAAGUAGAGACUUAUCAGCAUAGUGUUCAUUUGUAGAGAAGAUUUCUCAAGACUGGUGUGGGUCUCCCUGCAUGACAACGUAUUCAGAAGCCUAUUGAAAAUACAGGACUGUGUGGAAUAUUCAGAGAACUUCCUGCAAUCUUGGGUUUUUUUGUUGGAUUUUUUUCUUACUAGUUUGUUUUCAGUAGGUGCUAGAACCAGGUUCACAACACGAGUCACUGUGCGUGAAGAGACACUCAAUGCAUCUAUAGCUAUUUUAAAAAAAAAAACAAGAAUUGCAAGUAGGUGGCAUAACAAGCUCUGAAUCCAAGUGCUAUAAUAAUAAAAAUCUACUUUUAUUUUAAUACAUUGUAGGAAAUCUUCAUAAUUUUAAAGAGAGCUCAGUUCUGCAGCAUGGCUUUUUAAGUCUGUAAAUAACUUUUUUUGGGUAGAGGGGAGAAACAAAACAAAACAAAACUCCAGAAGC